AUGUUCCUGACCCAGCUCCUCAGAGAAGAUUUAGAAAGGAAAUCCCGCAGAAACAAUGCCCUGACUAUUCAGCAGCAGGUGCUGUCAACUUUGAGGUUCCUUGCAAGUCUGGAUAAAAGCACCGUGUCCAGGUGCGUUCAUACAGUGUGUGGCAAGUUGGCUUGCUAUGUUAGCCAAGUUGUAAAGAGGCCCACCGCGGAGGAGUGUCAGAAGGGGAAGGGGACAUUUUUCGCCGGGUUUCCCUCCGUAAUAGGUGCAGUGGAUGGGACACACAUCCGAAUACAGGCACCACACCAAGACGAGCCAUCCUAUGUGAACAGGAAAGGGUACCACAGCAUCAAUGUGCAGGGUGUUUGUGAUGCUGAUGUAAAACAGCCUUUGGACGUACUGGCUCUGGUUGCUGAAAACAGAAGAUUAGACAAGGAAGGAGCAUGCCAAACUUGUAUCAAACAACGCACGUUCAAAGAGGAGAUAGUGAGGAAUAUGCCAUCCAAGUACAAAGAGGAAAUCCCCGACACGAUUGUUAUCAUCAAUGGAACAGAACUCAAGAUUCAAAAACUAAGUGCAUUAAAUCGACAGUCAGUGCUGCUCGGACUAUAA